CGCGAGCCGUUCCACAGCUCCCCGAGCCGCUUGUCGCGGGAGCAGCAGUAGCAGCUUUUUCGCUCAGUCAGUUAGGCAGUCACACACCCGCACAGACAGCCCUGAGGAGGGAGGAAGGGAAGAAGAAGGAGCAGCAGUGGCGGGUGGGAUUAUUAUGGGCUGUGGGUGCUGCUGCUGCUGAAGCUGAGCAAAGAUGGAGCUGUCUGCAGUGGGCGAGCGAGUCUUCGCGGCCGAAUCCAUCAUCAAACGGAGGAUCCGAAAGGGUCGCAUCGAAUACCUGGUGAAAUGGAAAGGCUGGGCUAUCAAGUACAGUACUUGGGAACCUGAAGAGAACAUCCUUGAUUCCCGUCUGAUUGCAGCUUUUGAACAAAAGGAACGUGAACGUGAACUGUAUGGGCCCAAGAAGAGAGGACCCAAGCCUAAAACUUUUCUGCUGAAGGCUCGGGCCCAGGCGGAGGCCCUACACAUUGGGGAUGUACAUUUUUCUGUCAAGCCUGGCUCUAGCACAUCCUCACCCAAACUCCACUCCAGUGCUGCAGUGCAUCGGCUCAAGAAGGACAUUCGGCGGUGCCACCGUAUGUCCCGGCGCCCUUUGCCUCGCCCAGACCCCCAGAAUAGUGGGGGAAUGGGUGGGGGCAGUGGCAUACGUCCUCCUGUCUCUCCUUUCUCUGAGACCGUCCGCAUUAUCAACCGUAAAGUGAAGCCUCGUGAACCGAAGCGGAGCCGCAUCAUCCUCAAUCUGAAGGUUAUUGAUAAGGGUGGGAAAGCUGCAAGUGGGGGAGGAGGCCUGACUCGGCCUAAGAUCCCUUCACGAAACCGUGUCAUUGGCAAGAGCAAAAAGUUCAGUGAGAGCAUGCUUCGCAACCAGAUCCGUCACAUGAAAUUUGGAAACUUCCCUCUGUACAGCAAGCCAUCAGCUCCAGCCCCAUCUCUUGAGGGGAAGACGGAGGCCGGAAGCUCCCAGGGUGCCUCUUGUGGGCUCAUGGGUUCCACAGCUUAUGAUGCCCGCAGUUCCAGCUCCUCUGACUGCCCCUCGCCAGCUCCGCAUUCCUCAUCUGAUCCAGACGACUCCCCACCAAAGCUGCUUCCUGAGACACUGAGCCCUGCCAUUCCCGACUGGCGCGAGUCGGAGGUCCUUGAUCUGUCAAUUCCACCUGAGUCAGCAGCCAUUAGCAAGCGGUCUCCUUCUGGAGGUGGUGGAGGGGGUCACAUGCCCUCAUCCCCCUCCUCUUCAGAUCCUGAGCAGGAAGCUGGUGAUUGGCGCCCCGAAAUGUCCCCUUGCUCUAAUGUGGUGGUCACUGAUGUCACCAGCAACCUCCUGACGGUCACCAUCAAGGAAUUCUGCAAUGCUGAGGAUUUCGAGAAGGUGGCUGCUGCUGGAGGAGGAGGAGGCGGCGGCAGCAAGUGAGAGGCUGCAUUCCUCUUGCAGUGGGUUGGGGGGAAUGGGACAGGGAGGCUCGGCUGCACAGUCAUGCAUGGUGUGAAUGCCUAUUUUCUCCUCUCCUUCUUGUCCAUUCUUUCUCUCUCUUUUUUUGCUUGGAACUUGAGAUGGUAGUGGACGAACUGGAAUGGAUAUGUUUGAAGUUCCAUAAUGGCACAGCUGCUAGGGGUUGUGGUGGGAUAUUACAUCUUCCAUUUUAAGGGUUACCACAUUGAAAUGGAACUUGGAAAAUAGGAACUUGGGUGGAUGAGGUAUGUUAGGAAGAAAGCAAUUUUUCCACCCAGUUGAAUGGAACAAGAGAGAAAUCCUUCAGCCAAACACACAGGGUCUGUAUUCCCUGUUUUCCUGCUUUCCACAGUUUCACCCCUGACAGCUUUCUCAUAUCUAACAUCUCAUAGGCUGAUGAACAGUGGUGGGAGAAGGAAGUUUGCCAGGAAGGGGAGGUGAGAAAGUAGAUUGUUGUGGUUGGGCUGGGGUGGCUACAGGACUUCUGUGGAUGUGGAUGUCCUAACUGUGGGUGUGCCAAUAGGCUCUUCCACCUUGCAUAUUUAGAGGUGCUAACUUGGUAAUUGUGGUGGCACUUUGAUACAGCUUGGGCAUUCUCUACCCCCUGCACCACUUUGUUGAUCCUGUGCACAGUUAAUUUGUCAAACCAGAGUUUCUUCAGCCUUAUUGAGCCUUGGCCCAAUUCUUCUUCCACGGUUCCUUCCGCCUCAAUCUGUGGCAUUUGGAUCCCCUUCUUGAAACUUGCUAAUGAAGAAAAGCUGUUUUAUUUGGGAGAUAUGGAAGUGCUGUGCAGUGGUGCUGCCCCAGUAUGAUGAGAUCUACUAGUACUUUGAUAAUUGUCCCUGCAGUGGAAUGGGCAAAGAAAGGUCUGUUUGCUUCUGUCUUUCCCACCUACAUCUCUCUGCAGGUGUGCUAGAAGUUAUUCAUAUCUGCAGUUCCCUGGAUUUCAAAUGCCUCUACAAUUGCCAACCAAAGGUGCUAAGAACCUGUUGUAAAAUCUUGCUCUAUCUCUUAGAUCUUGGUUGUGUGUGUAUGCAGAGUGUAUGUUAGCCUCUCCCUCCCAUCCACCUCUCCAUGACACCUUGCUCUUCAUGUAUUCACUCUGAUGGAAAUUUAACACCCUGUCUGGAAAGCAGGUAAUAGUAUGGCUGCUUUUGCUCUCUCCUUGUCAUCAUUUAUAAGGUGUUAAUGACUUUAAAUGCAUUUAUUACUGUCCAAGAUUCCCCUGCAGAAGUAAAAUUAUUUCUGCAAACAUUUAUUUCAUGGUCUAUCAGUCAUUUUAUAGUGUUCCAGUCUUGUUGGAAAUUUCCUAUCCCAUGUGGUUCUGUGCCGUUAAUGGUGUGUGUGUGUUUGCGUGUAUGUGUACACUAUUGGAUGUUUUGCUGUUUGUAAGCUUUGCUACACUGUGGGCAGAAGGUGUGUUUAUGUGUGAAUGUGUGUGUGUGAGAGAAGAAUAACUCUAAGGGCUUGUCUGCAUGUUAUGCUGUCCAUAAGGCUAAA